AUAAUCGCCCACCCUCCCCACUGCCCGGUGUUUUAAAAGGCUAAGGCGAAGGGCAAAGGAGCAGCAGACACUUGGCGCUUCCACCAGAGCCCUAAGAAGCAGGAGGAACCGCAGCCACCGGACACCACCAAUAUUUUACCAAAAAUAGUAACAAGAUUUCACAGAAAAUGGGAACCAACAUGAACUUCAAGGGAUUUGGGAACGAACCGCCGAUAGCGAGGCAGUCGUCGAUCUAUACGCUGACGUUUGAGGAGCUGCAGAACACCAUUGGAGGCUCAGGGAAGGAUUUUGGGUCUAUGAACAUGGAUGAGCUCUUGAAGAGCAUAUGGACGGCUGAAGAGACUCAGAUCAUAGCACCGGCUGCCGGCGGCGCUGGUGGCCAAGACGGGCUUGGCCACGGCAGUGGGGGUUCUCUUCAGAGGCAGGGCUCUCUGACCCUGCCCCGGACCCUGAGCCAGAAAACUGUGGAUGAGGUGUGGAAGAACCUUUCGAAAGAAGGAACGGGUGCCGGCGGGUCUAAUAUGCCUCAGAGGCAGCCGACUUUGGGGGAGAUGACUUUGGAGGAGUUUUUGUUUAGAGCUGGGGUUGUGAGAGAAGAUGCACAAGUGGCUCCAAAGCCUAAUGGUGCUGGUUUUUUUGGUGAUUUGUCUCGUUUUGGUAAUUCUGGUAGUUUGGAAUUCGAGUUUCAGCGACCGAAUAGCGGUGUUGGUGUGAUGGGGAAUCGAGUUUCUGAGAACGAUAAUCAUCAGGUUCCGAAUCAAGGUUCAAAUUUGCCAUUGAAUGCUAAUGGGGUUAGAUCAAGUCAGCAUCACAGUCAGCACCACCAGCAACAACAACAGAUGCCACAGCAGCAGCAGCAAAUAUUCCCCAAGCAACAACCUGUGACUUACAACACUUCUCAGCUGCCUAUGGGACCAAAUGCUCAGUUGGGUAGUCCUGGAAUGAGGGGUGGGAUGAUGGGAAUCGGUGAUCCAGGUUUGAAUGGCGCUUUGGUUCCGAGUUCAGGGAUGGGAAUGGUUGGGUUAGGAGCUGUUCGUGUGGUGACGCCUUCACCUGCGAACCUGUUGUCAUCUGAUGGGAUUGAGAAGAGUAACGGUACUGAUACGUCGUCUGUGUCACCGGUGCCUUACGUGUUUAAUGGCGGUUUUAGGGGGAGGAAGGGCGGCGGGCCUGUGGAGAAGGUUGUUGAGAGAAGGCAGAGAAGAAUGAUUAAGAACAGAGAAUCAGCUGCCAGGUCCAGAGCUCGCAAGCAGGCUUACACAACGGAAUUGGAAGCAGAAGUUGCAGAACUGAAGGAGGAGAACCAAGAGUUGCAGAAAAAACAGGCUGAAAUGGCGGAAAUGCAAAAGAAUCAGCAGGACAUGGAGAUUAUAAACCUUCAACGAGGAAAGAAGCGAUGCCUGAGAAGAACAAUGACAGGUCCGUUGUGAAGUGUCGGGGCUGCAAGAGGAAUGUGAUUAGAUGGGGGUUGCUGUACAUAUUCAAAGGAGCAUAUGUCUUGUGGUGUAGAUUUUGAGAGUUUUAGUGUGCGCUGUAGAUGUGAACUUUACAUAUCUAUUUACUUGAUAUUCUUCUCCUUUGAGUAUUGUUAUGAAGAGGGAGAGAAGAGAGAGAGUAGGUAGAAAGAGGGGAAGGAAGAAAAAGGAAGGAAGAAAAAUAUGGUCAGGAUUUCACAUGUUCAGUUUACUAGGUUAGUCAAACAGAUUCUGACUGCAUAUUUGUGAGUGUUGUGCAUCAAACCAUUUGUGUUA